GCUCAUCGCUAUGGGAAGGUACAGUGUAAAGAGAUAUAAAACUAAGAGAAGAACCAGAGACUUGGAUCUUGUCUACGAUGACCUCUCACUGAAGGAGAGCAUCUAUAGGUUGAAGAACCAGCCGGUGGACGAAAACUUACCGGGAUUGGGUCAGUACUACUGUAUCGAAUGUGCCAAAUACUUUGAGACCCAGAGGAUGUUGGAUCACCACACCAAGAGUAAAAAGCACAAGAGAAGAGUCAAGGAAUUGCACCAGAGGCCGUACACCUCGUUGGAAAGUGAAGCUGCCUCGGGUGUUAAUAUGUUGAAGUUCAUGGAGUCUGUUGACAAGUAUAAGCGGAUUGAGCAGUACAAGAAAGAAAACAAGCAAGAACUUGAAGAAUUAAUCGCCCAGAAAAAUCCAGAUUUGGAUACUAUUCUUGGCGUCAAUGACGCUGCUGAAGAGACGGAUGCUGCAACCGAAGCUGCUACUGCUGGUGACAAUGAUGCUGAUAUGAUGCAAUAGUUAUGAUAGACAAUGUACGACAUAUGGAAAGUGUAUCGUUUGGAUGAUACUUGGGUCAUCAGUGACCAUAAUCAAAUUCUGUUCUUUUUCUCGUUUGUUGGUGGGCUAGUUCUUUUAGUUGGUGUAAUACCAAUACUAGUGUUUAAACCUGUGGAUUAUUAUUUACUAUUAUGGAACAAUUUCCUGAAGGCAGUUGGUUAACGGAUGUUGCAUUGAAAACUUUUUCAUUCUUCUAUUUCAACAACAUGUUGUAGCAUUGACCACCUAUCGGUGUUAUAUUUCAUCUUGUAUCUCUUUCAACAUUCUAAUCAUUGCUGCCAAAUCUUAGAUACCUCAGAUCUGUUCGCGCUUGUGUGAAAAUGGCGAAUUACGUAAAUAUGAGAAUAAAGGUCAAAA